CCCUUCUUCAUCUUCUUCCUCGACUCCUUGUUAACCCCUCUCUCGUGCUGAAGCCGCUGGCAUCUUCAUCCCCGUGAACUCAAAUCCCACAAGUUUCUCUAAUUCCCCCACAACGACGGCAUCGACUGCGUCAUUUCAUCCUCUUGCUCAACCGACUGUCCUCUCAUUGCUCCAUAUAUAAACCUAUAUCCCCAAAUGUUACCCUGAUCGCCGCCUUCACUGCUGGCUUCACCAGAUUGUCCAGGUCGGGAGGUGGCUAAAUCACGAGGCCAGAUUGCCAGCUCCAGAGAUGCGGUGCAGAUCACGGUGUCCAAUGUUGUGUUUUAGAGUGAUCCCUAUGCAAAGAUCUCUCAUCGGUUGAAUUGCCUCAAUUUGGUGCGCAAGAGUGACAACUUUUUGCCUUCACCACCUUCUAAAUACUGCAAUCAUUUAUAUGGAAAGGAAAAGUAUUUGCAAAGGGUUUUUUGGGCCCCUUUUCCAAUGAAAAAGAAAUUUUACAAAGAGAAGCUAAUACAAGGUCUAUUUCCUGGUGGGGUGCCAAUGUAACAGGAUAACUUGAUGAAUUUGAUAUUUGUUUGUGGUAGCCAUUCUAAAGUCUUGCAUGCCUGGGGGUGAGAUUUUAGGCAGGUACAAGUGGAAGUAGACGGCCAGGCUGCUAUCCAACUGCUGACUAGGAAUGACAAUAGGUUGGAUUAUACACUAUACUUUCAGUCCUUGUUUUUCCUUUUCUCUUGUAUUUUAAUCGAUUGCCUCGCUAAAUUUCAAGAUGACCAUGUUGAUUACUGAAAAAGUGAAAGGGUUGUUUGUUUAAUAUUGUUUUCCAUGAAUAGUCUCAUAUGCGCUCCAAUUGACAUUAUUUCCAUUUUUUGCAAGCAUGCUAGUCAUAAUUUGCAAGUCAUGUUCUUCGUUUAUAUAGAAGAAAAGAUAGACUUAACUUGCCUGUGUGAUUAUGAGUUCCAGGCUUCCAGCAAUUUUAUCCUCGUGGUCCUUGGUUUGCAAGUCCAUAACAGUUAAUUUGCUAGCGAGAUUCCUCAAUUUAAAAAAGAAAAGGGGUUGUGUAACUUGCUAAAGUUACUAUGGUUUGAUACUCAGAUUUCCUUAUUCGCAACUUUAUUACCAUUAAUUUGCAAGUGAUAGUCAUCUAUUUAUAAAGGAAAAGAGACAUUUUUUAAUCAUGUGAACAUAAUAUUCUUUUAUCUAACUUAUUCUCAGUAUUCUGUCAGCAGGCCCAAUAUUUUAGUCUUUCACUAUGCUGUCCAUUUUAGAGUUAAUACGGAAGCAACAUUGGUCAGAGGUCAAAACACAUCUUCGAGUCACUCAACCUACGAUACUUCUUGAGCAAUUGCUUAGUGCAGGAGUUGAUUCAGAGCUUGUUCUUAGGUUCUAUAAAUGGUCUGAGAGAGAGUUCAAACCUUCAUAUGGUCUUGAAACCACUGGCAAAGUUUUACUUUCUUUAUUGAAUGCCAAAAAGUACUCUACAGUGAGGUCCUUUCUGGAUGGUUUUGUGAAGAAUGAAAAGCAUCCAGUUUUCUCGAUUUUUCAUUCCAUUUUGGUUUGCAGUGAUCGAACUCAUGCCAAUGCUAUAAUAAUUGAUAUGUUGAUCCUUGCAUAUGUGAGAAACUCGGAACUCCAUUCUGCUUGUGAAGCAUUCAUGCGAGCUCAAGAUUAUGGCUUUAAUUUAUCAUUGAAUUCUUGCAAUCCGCUAUUGAGUGCUUUGGUGCAGGAGAAUAAAUUUGGCGAUGUGGAACAAGUGUACAAGACAAUGAUCAAAAGGCGGAUUAAGCCUAAUCUGACCACAUUUAACAUUUUCAUUAAUGGCCUCUGCAAAGCUGGGAAGUUGAAUAAGGCAGGGGAUGUUAUUGAAGACAUCAAGGCUUGGGGAUUCUCCCCAAAUGUUGUUACUUAUAAUACUCUUAUUGACGGAUACUGUAAGAAGGGCAAGGCUGGAAGAAUGUACAAGGUUCAAGCUAUUUUGAAGGAAAUGCUGGCUAAUAAAGUUUGUGCCAAUGAGAUUACCUUCAAUACUAUUAUUGAUGGUUUUUGUAAGGAUGAAAAUGCAAUGGCUGCAACGAAGGCUUUUGAAGAAAUGCUGAGACAAGGAUUAAAACCCACUUUAGUUACAUACAACUCAUUGAUAAAUGGCCUUUGUAAUAAUGGGAAGCUAGAAGAGGCAAUUGCUUUGUGGGAUGAAAUGGCAGGCUUAGGUUUAAAGCCCAAUAUUAUUACUUAUAAUGCUCUUAUUAAUGGGUGUUGUAAGAAGAAGAUGAUAAAGGAAGCAACAAAGUUCUUUGAUGAUAUAACUAUUCAAGCGUUGGUUCCCAGUGCUGUAACAUUCAAUACGCUAAUUGAUGCUUACUGUAAGGAAGGAAUGAUGGAGGCGGCAUUUGCACUGCAUAGGUCAAUGCUAGAUGAAGGAGUUUUCCCAAAUGUUUCAAGCUAUAAUUGCUUAAUUGCAGGUUUAUGUAAAAAAGGAAAUAUGAUAGCAGCCAAGGAGCUUUUAAGUGAAAUGGAGGAUAAUGGCUUGAGAGCUGAUAUAGUGACAUAUAACAUAUUAAUAGAUGGAUGGUGUAAGGUGGGGGAAUCAAGAAAGGCAGAAAAGUUAUUAAAUGAAAUGUUUUAUGUGGGUGUGAUACCUAAUCAUAUAACAUAUAAUACUUUGAUGGAUGGCUAUUGCAUGCAGGGGAAUCUCAGGGCAGCAUUGAAUGUGAGGACUCGGAUGGAGAGAGAAGGUAAGCGAGCAAAUGUUGUUACAUACAACGUGUUACUUAAAGGAUUCUGUAAAAUAUUGAAGAUGGAGGCAGCUAAUGGACUUCUUAAUGAGAUGUUAGAAAGGGGUCUGACCCCAAAUCGGACUACCUAUGAUAUUGUUAGAGUUGAAAUGAUGGAGAAAGGUUUUAUUCCAAAUAUAGAAGGGCAUCUAUAUAAUAUCUCCGGCAUGACUUAGCAUGAGCAUGAGGUGUUAAAUGGAUUUCCAUGAUUGAUGUGCAAUUUGCUGUGGAGGAUUGAGAUUUCACAAAAGAGCGCCAGAAAAAUUGAGAAGUUUUCUGGUUGGCAGCUACUGUUGCUGGGAAAAUUCAUCAAAAGAAUCAUAUUCUUAUUGCUGGCAUCUUGUGGAGUUGGCCAUAGGCAUCAAAAUUAGGGAAGCUGUUAUAUGUUGCAUGUAAUUACGUCUAGUUUUUAAAUUAAUUGAGAAAAGCGUCAACGCUAUAAGAAUGAUCGCUUUUAGCUUCAAGUUCAGCAAGCUUUACCGUCUCGGGGUAAUUUAUCGCUCAACUUUCAUGAGUUACAAUUUUAGUUUUGAAUAUUUUAAUAACUGCGCUGCGGCGUUCAUGCGGGCAUCCUCUAUUGUUUAUUUUGCUAGUGACUCAUGGUUGUAAUGGCUAUUAAAUUUGGUGGCUGUUGUGUGUAUAUUAUCUUUUCGGAAUUCUAUGUCAAAAUUUUUUCAAACUAUUUUAUUUUUGGUUUAUU